AUGGCGAGCCAUCCGGACGAAGGGACUAGUUCACUUGACGAUAGCUUCCUAGAAACGGUCACAAUACACAAUAGAGAGUAUCAACAGUAUAGUAUAACCAACUACGUGUACUUGGCACCGAUCGAUGAGGAUGAGGUAGAACGACUUCAGAUAAUGCACGAUGUCUUGAGCAGGGUAUUUGAUCAGCGGCUCAUAUUUCCUCCGAUAACACGACCUCGUCGGAUACUCGACGCUGGCUAUGGAGCUGCCUCGUGGGCGCUAGAGGUUGCUGAACAGCACCCGCAAUGCGAGGUUAUAGGAGUCGACAUCAACCCAUGGCAGCCGGAGGAGAGGCCAAACAACUUGUAUCUACAGGUCGAGGACUUGAACGGAGGGAUUAGUUUCCCUUCACGCAAUUUCGAUCUCGUGCAUUCCCAAAUGAUGGCAACAGGAAUCCAUGCCAAUAGGUGGGCAAGCUACUUGCAAGAUAUGUUCCGAGUAACAAGAGGAGGGGGUUGGUGUCAGAUGGUUGAGCUAUAUUUCAACGUGCAGUCUGAUAAUGGAAGUCUAACAGACGCUCAUGCCUUGCGGCAAUGGAGCAGCAGAUAUCUAGAGAGCCACGAGGGUCUGAAAGACCUUCGUGUUCCUCUGCGGCUUCCAACUCUGAUGAGGGAAGCUGGAUUCGUGAACGUGGAGCAUCGGAUGUUGCAACUGCACACUUGUGCUUGGUCAACGGACCAACGGGAUAAUGACAUUGGUGCUAUUAACAGGGAGAACGUACAGCGGUUCCUAUCGUCGUUGGCAAUAUACCCUUUUACGGAGAGGCUAGGGAUGGCUGUCCAAGACGCCCAUCUGCUUAUAGCACAAGCACGACUCGAGGCGGAUAACCCAGCUUUCAAGGUGCUAUAUCCCUCAAUAGCCCCCCAAGGAAUUGUUUGCUAA